GCGGUUAUCAUACCGUGCAGUUUUAAGAUGCGUAAAAAGGUGCCUGUUAAUCAAACCCGGAAGGUUCGGUUGGUAACCGCCAGGCGUUCCCCUUUUCUGCGAGUGGCUCCGUGCCAGGGAGACUCGGUCUCUCCGGUUGUAUCCGAGCUGAUCCUUGGGCUGAAAGCUGACGUGGUUCCAAAGACAGCCGAAAACUUUAGAGCUCUUUGUACUGGUGAAAAAGGAUUUGGGUACAAAGGAUCCACUUUUCACAGAGUGAUUCCUUCAUUUAUGUGCCAGGGUGGUGACUUUACAAAUCACAAUGGAACUGGUGGAAAAUCCAUUUAUGGCAGUAGAUUUCCAGAUGAAAAUUUCAUACUGAAGCAUAUAGGACCUGGUGUUCUUUCAAUGGCCAAUGCAGGACCCAACACGAAUGGAUCUCAGUUCUUCAUCUGCACCACAAAAACCGACUGGCUAGAUGGAAAACAUGUUGUUUUUGGACACGUAAAGGAAGGAAUGGAUGUCGUGAAAAAGAUUGAGAGCUUUGGUUCCAAGAGUGGGAAGCCCUCCAAAAAGAUUGUCAUUACUGACUGUGGCCAGCUGUCCUAGCCUCAUGCCGUACCACUCAGGACAACUUCAAUGCUGUGGAAAAAUGAAUUUUAAAAACCCCAAACAUUUCUGGUCCCACGAGUAGCACCUAUGGAACCAUGUUUUCUAUUUAACUUGGUCCAACUUUUUUAUAUUUCUAUUGAUUAAAAGCAUAAAACA